CUCAUGAAACCGAUGCAACCACCAAGACGAGACCGGGAUUAUUGAGACCACAUUGCAGCUGGCUGCUUCAUCAAUUGUUUUGUCUUUAUCUUCUGCUGACGAAUUCCUCAUCAUGAGUGCAUCAUGAUCACAUCAUCACUCCUUCAUUGAUUGCACCUUGACGUUCAUUCAUGACCACACAUUGAUAUCGGACACUCUCAUACUCACAUCAUGCCCCCAAAAGCAACAAAAAGGGGCAAAGCCUCCAAGGCCACCACCCCCAAAGAAACAACAGCAACAACAACAGCAACAUCCGCCUCCGACUUCCUCACCAAAUCCAAAGAAGCCUACGAGCAAGAACUCAAAGACCUCGCCAAAAAGGCCCGCACGCAAAAGGGUUACUGGGCCGGCCAACUCGCCAUCUACAUCCACUCCAUCAUCCUGCUCGGCCUCAUCGCCAUCGCCUCCAACGUCUCGCAGCUCGUGCUCUCGCCCGUCUACGGCUCCAUCCCCGCGUCGAUAUGGCACUCCAAGCUGGUCAUGGCCGCCUGCUUCACGGGUUGGGCGUCCAACAUCUUCUUGGAUCGCGCUCUGCCCAUUGAGCCUGUUGAGCUGCUGCCUCUGAUCGCUAUUUACAUCCCGCCUGUUCAGUAUUUGCUGUUCCGGGCGAGCGGGUAUCUGGGUGCUUACUAUGGGCCGUUGGUCACGGAGUUGUUGACGCUGUUCCCGUUGAUCACCAUCUCCUCGGCGUGUGUUGCGACGAACUUGGAGUAUGCCGACUUUGGACCGGUGCCCAAGUUCAUUGCUGAUGCUGUGCCUGGUCUUGGGUCCUUCGGCUUUUUCAAGUUCGCGGAAAAGAUGAGCGGUAACUUCAUUGCGCAGAAUAUCGGCAAGAAUUUCUACAUGACUAGGAUUGGACUGGAGGGUUUGCUGGCUGCUUCGUACACCACCAUUGCGCCGUCCAAGUUCUUGCUGUUUGGGUUGCCCGCGUUGUUGCACACUACGCUUUUGAACCCGCAUCUGCCGUCGCCUAUGGCGCUUUCUCGGUUGAACAGUGGGUUGGAAAAGGAGGGAUGGCUGGUGCUGGACCGCCGGGAUUCUAUCACGGGUUAUGUCUCGGUGGUGGACAGUUUGAAUGAUGGGUUCAGGGUGUUGAGAUGCGAUCACAGUCUGCUUGGUGGCGAGUGGGUGAAGUUCAAGGAUACCGGACGGUUCAAGGGAAAUCAGGUCGCUGAGCCUAUUUAUGGCGUAUUUGCCAUGUUGGAAGCUGUGAGGUUGGUCGAGGUACCUAACCCGGUUCCCGACAACGAAGCCAAGGCGCUCGUUAUCGGCCUCGGCAUCGGCACCACACCCGCCGCCCUCGUCGCCCACGGCAUCAACACCACCGUCGUCGAAAUCGAUCCCGUCGUCCACGAGUUCGCCACCAAGUACUUCCAGCUUCCGUCCAACCACACCGCUGUGAUCGAAGACGCCGUCAGCUACACCGAUCGCCUCGUCAACGAGACUCAGGGAGUCGGUCAAUUCGACUACAUCAUCCACGAUGUCUUCACCGGCGGUGCUGAGCCCGUCGCCCUAUUCACCUACGAGUUCCUCCAGAACUUGAACUCACUUCUCAAGCCGGACGGUGUCGUCGCCAUUAACUACGCCGGCGACUUCUCCCUCCCCCCACCCCUCCUCAUAACCAACACAAUCCGCUCCGUCUUCGGCCCUUCCUGUCGCAUCUUCCGCGAGCAUCCUCGCGACGAAGCCCAAGCCGCCGCGCACAACGGCCGUGAUUUCACGAACAUGGUCAUCUUCUGCACCAAGUCUUCUACUCAAGAAAUCACCUUCCGCAACCCUACCUCUCGCGAUUUGCUCAACAGCCCCAGCCGCGAAGCGUUCUUGCUGCCCAAGUGGGAGGUCACGGAGGAGGAUCUCCUGAGGGGUGUCAAUGGGAGUGUGGAGGAGGCGGAGAAGUUGGGUGUGUUGAGGAGGAAUGAUACGAGUGCGCUGGAGAAGUGGCAGGAGGGAAGCGCGUUGGGACAUUGGGAGAUUAUGAGGGGGGUGCUGCCGGAGGUUGUGUGGGUUAAUUGGUAGAUGUUUCUGUUCGAGUGAGGGGUGAGGAAGAAGGGAUCUGGGAUGAGUGUGAAAGGGCAGAGAAAAAGGAAUGUGUUGGUAGAUUUGUCAUUUUUUGUAGAAAUCGUGUCGUGAUUGCGCAAUUGAGGGCUUUCCUGUUGAUAUUUGCCUUCCUUUCUGUCUUUCAACUGUUGGAUAUCGUGCGAACCCUGUGGUUCACCAUCACUUUCCCCCGUCGUUGCGGUUUUGUGACUUCCAGGUUCCCUCAUAAGCAGCCUACCUGGAAAAGACAAG